UGGUGGUAACUCCAGUUCCGAAUUCCAUUCCAUUUUCGUUUGGUAAAGAAUUUCCAUAAUUUAUUUUCAUCGUUUUUGGGUGCGUAAUCCCCUUUAAUUGUGAACAUAUACGUUUUAAUCUAAGCAUUUAUCGUUUUUUGAAUAAAGAAUAGUACUCAACACUUGAGAACCAGCGUAUACUCACAAAAACUCAUCUUUCGAGACUGCUUUGAAAUAAGUAUCGAUUUGUAUUUUUGGUGUGAUGAGAUGACAAAACCAUGUCAAGUGUGUUUUAACAAAUAAUCGACUAGGGAAAAUCACAUUAGUUACGAAAAAACUUGGAGAAACCGGAAUGAAUCUCGAUAAUUCAUCGAGAGAGAACUCUGAAGCUUUGGAUUCAAUAGGUACUGUCAGCCCGAGAGAGAAGUAUCACAGCAUGAGAGAGAAGAAGUUGUCGACAGCGUCUCUCACUACUGCUGAAGGGGCUCGUCCUAAAGUCGUCACUGUAAAACAUCCAGAAUCCAAUAAACCGAAGCCGACUGCAAAGAAAAACAAACCGAUACAAGCCGAUUUAGACGUCAUCAAAGAAUUUAUAAGAUGCCGGGAAGAUGGAGUCAAGAGGUUGGACCUCAGCAAAUCGUCCAUUACCUCACUUCCACCAAAUGUUAGGGAUUUAACACACUUAGUGGAAUUUUAUCUUUAUGGUAACAAAUUGGUAGCAUUGCCUCCAGAAUUCGGUUGCCUGACCAAUCUUCAGACUCUGGCACUAAAUGAGAACUCUCUGACAAGUUUACCAGACUCCUUGGCCAACCUGAGGUGCUUGAAAGUUCUAGACCUAAGACACAACAAGCUCAGUGACAUACCAGAAGUAGUAUACAAAUUGACAUCCCUCACUACAUUAUUCUUGAGGUUCAAUAGGAUUAGGGUAGUGGGAGAUGGUAUAGCCAAUCUUACUAAUUUAACCAUGUUGAGUCUGAGAGAGAAUAAAAUCAAGGAAUUGUCAUCUGGAAUUGGGAAGUUGGUAAACUUGGUGACAUUUGAUGUUUCACACAAUCAUUUAGAGCAUCUGCCACAGGAAAUAGGCAACUGUGUUAAUUUGUCCACAUUAGAUCUACAACAUAAUGACUUGCUGGAUAUACCAGAGACAAUUGGCAAUCUCCAAGCUUUGACUAGGUUGGGACUAAGGUACAACAGACUCACUGCAAUACCUUCAAGUCUAAGCAACUGUAAGCACAUGGAUGAAUUCAAUGUUGAAGGAAACUCCAUAUCUCAGCUUCCUGAUGGUCUUCUCGCCAGCCUCAAUGAGCUAACAAGUAUUACACUGUCACGCAAUUCCUUCAUGAGCUACCCAUCAGGGGGUCCUGCUCAAUUCACCAAUGUUUUCUCAAUUAAUCUUGAACAUAACCAGAUUGAUAAAAUACCUUAUGGCAUAUUCUCAAGGGCCAAAAAUCUCACAAAAUUGAACAUGAAGGAGAACUUACUUACAUCACUCCCACUGGAUAUUGGGACUUGGAUAAAUAUGGUGGAGUUAAAUUUGGGAACUAACCAAUUGACAAAGUUGCCUGAUGACAUACAAUGCUUGCAAAAUCUUGAAGUUCUCAUACUAUCUAAUAAUCUCUUGAAGAGGGUUCCACCGAAUAUUGGCAGUUUAAGGAAAUUGAGGGUAUUAGACUUGGAAGAGAAUAAGCUUGAAGUUUUACCCAAUGAAAUAGGCUUCCUACAUGAUCUGCAGAAAUUAAUAGUGCAAUCAAAUCAACUGGCUACUCUACCAAGGUCAAUUGGACAUUUGACUAAUCUCACAUUCCUGAGUGUGGGCGAGAAUAAUUUGCAAUACCUCCCAGAAGAAAUAGGUACACUGGAGAAUUUGGAGUCUCUAUAUUUAAAUGAUAAUCCCAACUUAUGCAACCUGCCUUUUGAGCUGGCUCUGUGUGUUAGUUUGCAGAUAAUGAGCAUUGAAAAUUGUCCUCUGACUGCUAUUCCACCAGAAGUGGUUUCUUCGGGCCCUUCAUUAGUAAUCCAAUAUUUAAAAUCUCAAGGCCCAUACAGAGCUAUGUGAUAUCAGGAAGAAGACUAUCAAGCAGGCAGUGAUGGCACUUAAACAUAAAUGCUUUUUAGAGCAAAGCCUUGUUAUGAAGCGUGUACUCAGAAGAAUUCUGUUUUGAAAUAAUCAUUAUUAUAUCCAUUUAAUUGCUGUAACUCAUGUAUGAUGUAUUUUCCUGUGAAUUGUAAUUAGGUAUCUAUAAAUAUUUUAUAUGACGUAUCAAAUUGUUUCACAAUCAGCAAGUUUAUUUGUGGCCUGUUUACUAGAUAGGUAUUUAAAUCUUACAAUUCUCUUGGAUGUUUUUUAUUAAUUAGAUGUAAAAUGGGUCUUAGAGAAGUGAGGGACUUUGAAUGUUUGAGAACACAGCAAGUCUUCACUAGGACCCUAAGUAUUUUAUUUUAUCUGAAAUAUCUUAUUGUAUGAAAAAAUAUAUAAAAACCCAAAAAUAUAUCUGUUAGUGUUAGCAGAUAGAUAGUAAUUGUAUAAUGCUGUAUAUAAUGUACAUGCACAAUAACUUUAUUAUGCCUAAGUUAGUAAUUUUAAACCUGUGUUAAAAUUGCAUGAAAUAUAAUAUUAUCAAGCAAAUAGGGGCAACAAAAUGAUUUGUUUAGAAACUGAUUAAUUUUAAUACUAGUUUCUUAUAUUUUAACAUUGUUUAUAAUGUUUUAAUCUUUUAUUCAGAAAGCUCAAAGCUGACUGAUAUAAUAAUUAUGACUAUUAAGUGACUAUGUUGUGUAAAACCAUUAUAGGCUUAAGUGUAUAUUGAAAAUUUUUAAAAGUUGGAUACAAUGUUGAAAAUUUUGAUUAUGUUGACUUUGAGAAUAAAUAGCAAGAAAUUGAGUUCUCUUUAAAUUGCCAUUUCACCACAUAGGAUAUAUUAAUAAUCGUAUGUUAAUUUUAAUUGUAAUGAUCUUGAAAUCUGAAUUGUUAUUACAUCUAUUAAGAUUCUGUUUAUUUAUGUCAGUGAUUUUAAGACCCAAAAAUAUUAUUUUUUUACUUGAUUUGCCAUCAUAAAGUAACUCAUCUGAAAAUUGUAGAUGUAAUAGGAAUAAAAUAACACUCAGUAUUUUACAUUAUAUAUCUUAGUCAGGAGAUUAGCAAGUCGCAAAUUUUAAGUAAAACUAUUAUAAUUGGUCAUAAAAUGUUAAGUAAAAUUUGUUCACAGCAGAACAUAAUUAUUCUGUUGUAUGUGUUCAUUUUCCUAUUGAUUUGCAUUUAUAAAUGGUUACUGUAGGUUUGUUUGUCAGUAAAAUUAUGUUUAUAGUUGUUAAUGUAGUUUAAGGACUUGAAAAUUAGAUUCCAAUUUUGACCUUUAGUUACAUUAUAAUUCUACAGAACAAAUGUGCCCACAUGUAAACUAAUAUAAAUAGUGGAUAUUGUACUUUACUUAUGCAUAAUUUUACAUUUAUCUUUGCAUUUUGUAACUGACAAAUCCUUGCCCUUAUUCUCAUAAUGUAUGCAAUUCCAAUGAAUGUUUGCUUGAAAGAAAAUCCAAUAGCAAAUAUACAGUAGAGAUUUUAUUAAAGGCUUUUAUGUGAAAUUUAUAUGAAAAUAUUUAAUCUGCAUUCAGUCCACGGUUAGAAGUGCUCAACUUUAUGUUUAGCUCUAUGAAGUCCUAAGAACACAGGACAAUGUAACAAUCUUACUGCAAUAAGUUUUGAAUAAAAAAUCUUUUGUACCUGGAUACAAUUAAUCUGUUUAAGUGAUUUAAGUAGUUUUACAAUGUUAUAUUUUUCAUUUCAUGCACUUGAACAUAACUGCAUUUAAUGGUUUUAAAAAUUGCUGUUAAUAAUUUACAGUACGACAUUGUUUUCUAGUCACAAUGACUAUCUCAAAGUUGAGAUAUAGAUUAAAUCAAUUAUCAUGACAUACCGAUUCCUUAACCCAAUUGUUUACUAACUUUGUAUCUUUUGCAGUUAAUUGGAGCUGUUAUAAUGUGCUCAGGUUAAACCUAUGUUAAUUUAAUGUUGAUCCGUGUGUAGGUAUUAUAAAUGUUUCAAUGACAUGUAAACGUGUUAUAUUAUAUGAAUCAAUUAUAUAAUA